AUGAAAAGAAGGUUUCUCGCAUUUGAGCUCAACUGUUUCUGGUAUUGGGACGCGACCUUGCUCGAAUGGCCCAAGUGCGUCCAGCUUUUCCAAACUGGGUUGGAGUCCCGUGUCAAAGGAGACACCAGCAAGGUUCUGGUGAACGACUUCUCCACGACCGAUCUCGUCUCCCAGACCGCGAGCCAGAUUGUCGUGAUGGACUCCAUGAAGCACUACUUCAGAUACAUUGUGCUUCUUGGCAUGGCAUGGGACAGCGUCGUCGAGUCAUGCGGGAUUCCGUCGGUGACCUUGCACGGAACGCUGGAGGACUGGAGCCGUCUCGUGGAGAAAGCGCGCGCGCUGCGGGCGCUUUCUAUCGGCCUGGACUGGUGGCUCGACAAGCUGGACCCCGUUCUUGAGCAGCUGAUGGCGACCUACCGGGGAAACGUGGAUCACGAUUGGUGGAGUCAGGUGCUUUCGACGAGCGGGUAUCGUUCGGGGCCAUCCCCCGAUUACAUCACCGGCUGGGUCUGCGCCUUCUUUCCGUAUGACGAGGAGAAAGGAAAGACCUUUCCCCGCAAGAACAUUUUCGAAGACAACCCGCCCAAGGGCCUGGUGGAAUGCCCGUUCAUCAUAAGAGAUGCCCGGGUCCGCCCCCCGGUCGAAACGGAUAACCUGCUCGUAGCCGGAAGCUGCGGCGUCUCGGUCACAGAGGACGGGCGUGGGGUCACGCCUUGCAUCGGGUGGCUCGUGAAGAAAGACCCCAAUGCUCGUAAGGGGAAGGAGUCCAAGAACAAGAAGCGGGGACCGGAAGAGAACCCCGUGGUCAAUCGCCCGAAGACCCGCAGCUCCCCCAAAGUCUAGAUGUUCAUCUUUUCUUUCAAAUCUCUGCCGACUCGAUCAGUAUGUUGCAGUUAUACGAAGUCCAAAGGGCAUAGUAGGGUUGAUACGAACGAGUUCGCAGACAAUUGAAGCGUCCAGGCAAUGCGGGGUGGGUAGAUUGU